GUGGGUGCUAUUCAUAGAGCCAGUAGGAUACAUCUGCAUUUUUGUUUCAGCGACUCCUGGAAACAAAAUGGAACAAAGCGACUUAGAGUGCAAUAAUGUGACUGAUGGUAAUUUUGAAGAAGUCGCUGGCAAGAAGGUGAUUGAGUUUAAACCUCCAUUAUACAGACAGCGGUACUAUUUUGUUAAAAAUCUAGUGAAUAAACAUAAACCCAAGAAGGUUGCUGACUUGGGCUGUGGUGACACUUCACUCAUAUGGCUGCUAAAAUUCCACAGUUGUAUUGAACUGCUUGUUGGAGUAGAUAUUGAUGAAGAUAAAUUGCAAUGGAAAGGGAGUAAGUUGUCUCCUUUCAUGGGGGAUUUCCUAAGUCCUCGGGAUCUGAAUUUGACGAUUACCUUGUAUCACGGUUCCGCAGUAGAGAAAGAUUCUCGUUUGCUUGGAUUUGACUUAAUAACGUGUAUUGAAUUAAUAGAACAUUUGGAUUCCAGAGACCUGGCCAGGUUUCCCAAAGUUGUAUUUGGGUACCUGUCUCCAGCGAUGGUCGUCAUCAGCACACCCAACUCUGAGUUCAACCCCCUGUUUCCAACAGUGACUCUAAGAGAUUCUGACCACAAAUUUGAGUGGAGCAGAAUGCAGUUUCAGACCUGGGCUUUAGAUGUGGCAAACCUCUACAAUUACUCGGUGGAGUUUACUGGUGUGGGGGAGCCCCCCAUAGGAGCUGAGGAAGUUGGGUACUGUACCCAGAUAGGAAUCUUCCGGAAAAACUUCACCAAGUCAGCCACUCUGUGCCAAUCUGAGCAGCAUGGCGAACUUACUUAUAAAGCUGUUUUUACAGCCAUCUACCCAAGUUUGCAGCAAAAACGAUUCCGCCAGCUUGUGUUAACUAAUGAAGUGUUCCGAGAAGUCCAAAGCAUGAAACAUACAUUUGUCCAAAGCCUGAAACCACAGGAUGAAGGGGCAUUUUGUGAUAAGUCCAAAGACGCUGGCCUCUCACGUGCCUGUGUCACGCUCCUGGGACCGGUCUUCACAGAGGCGGAGAAGACCAACAUAGAAAAGUCCCCCGAACCUUUCUGCAUAGGAAACAAAUUCUAUGUGCCUUUGGAAAGACUCUUUGCUUAUCCCAAGGUGAACCGCUUAUGUGAUAACAUCGAGGUGCUGAAAACACUCAUUGCUGGCUCAGUUGGGUUGAACAGCGAUGGCUCUGCCGUGAAGGUUGAUCUGCUUGAUGAAGAGGAGAGUUUCUGACAGCCCUUGGUUCCUGAAAUUCAGGAAUUGAUACUUUGUAGGCACCAUUCAGGUCACUUUUGAUUUUGAGGUUACCUGCUUUCCUAACUCAGUUAUUACUUUUUUUGUUUUUGGAAAAAUAUG